AAAUUUUUGGUUUUUGUUUUAUUGUAUUUACAGGUUUGGAUGCUUAUAGCUUACUCCACUACUAUUCUAUCACUGUCUCUCUCUCCUUCAUUUAUUCCCACAUUUGAAUUUAAAUUUAUUGUUACCAUUUCAAACACAGAGAAGAAAAAAAAGAUGAAAGUUUUAUUUUGAGUGUGAGAGAAGAACAAGGAGUUUGGCAAGCGAGAAAGAGAGAGAAAAGAAAAGAAAAGAAAGGAAAAAAAAACGAGGUUGAAGCUGAAGCUACUACUCGCCCAAAUCUCUCUCGUUUUUCCAAAGAGGAAAAAAAGUGCAAGCAAACAGAACGGAGAUUUCUAGCGAGUUCUUCGAGAUCUGGAGGGAGAAAGGACGAGACGGCCAUUGCCAGAUUCAGUUUGAAAUUUCGGGAAUGCGACAUUUUUGCGGUGAUCUUCUCUAGGGUUUUGUUCGCAUUUUGGCCAGCUAGGGUUUGAAUUUUUUUUUUUUUGAAGUAUUUGCGAUGACUACCAAGCGCGCUUACAAGCUCCAGGAAUUUGUGGCGCAUUCCGCCGCAGUCAAUUGUCUUAAGAUUGGAAGAAAGUCUUCCAGGCUUCUUGUCACCGGUGGGGAGGAUCACAAGGUCAAUCUUUGGGCCAUUGGCAAACCCAAUGCCAUUCUGAGUUUGUCUGGACAUACCAGUGGCAUUGAUUCGGUUAGCUUUGACUCCUCAGAGGUGUUAGUAGCGGCAGGAGCUGCAAGUGGUACAAUCAAGCUAUGGGAUUUAGAGGAGGCAAAGAUCGUUCGGACACUUACUGGUCACAGAUCCAAUUGUAUAUCUGUUGACUUCCAUCCCUUUGGAGAGUUUUUUGCAUCUGGCUCUCUGGACACAAAUCUGAAGAUAUGGGACAUCAGAAAGAAGGGGUGUAUCCACACAUACAAGGGCCACACUCGAGGAGUCAAUGCCAUCAGAUUUACACCAGAUGGCCGUUGGGUUGUAUCUGGCGGAGAGGACAAUACUGUGAAGGUGUGGUGGUGGUGGGUGGGUGUCUUGCAUGAUUUCAAGUAUCAUGAGGGCCAGGUUCAAUGCAUAGAUUUUCAUCCCCACGAGUUUCUGCUUGCAACUGGCUCAGCAGAUAGGACAGUUAAAUUCUGGGACCUUGAAACCUUUGAGCUAAUUGGUUCAGCUGGACCUGAGACCACUGGAGUGCGUUGUUUGACUUUUAACCCUGAUGGACGGACCCUACUUUGUGGAUUGCAUGAGAGUUUGAAGGUUUUCUCAUGGGAGCCGAUUAGAUGCCAUGAUGGCGUGGAUGUGGGAUGGUCUAAAUUAUCAGAUCUUAAUGUUCACGAGGGAAAACUUCUCGGCUGCUCAUAUAAUCAAAGUUGUGUAGGAGUAUGGGUUGUAGAUAUCACGCGGAUAGAGCCAUAUGCAGUUGGUAAUGCUAGGAGACUGAAUGGUCAUUCAGAAUCUAAGACAACAGCUGGUGGAAAUAUCUGUGUACUGAAUGAGAAUAGUUCAAAGGCAAGUUUGGGAAGGUUGCCUGUUUCCCAAAGUUCAGAUCCUUUAGUGAAGGAAACAAAAUCACUUGGGAGAUUGUCAGUUUCUCAAAAUUCUGAUGUUGUCAGGGAACCGAAAGUUUUGGCAUCCUCAGGAAAUGUACCCAAUACACCCCAAAGGUCAAGUUUAAGCUCCAGUCCAAAGAAAAUUCCGCCCAGUUCAACGCCUGUUCCCAGUGCAGCAGUCACUAAGAGGAACACAGCAAAGGCCCAUCCAACGGCUAACACUCCAACUUUUAACAAAUCUGAAGUCAUACCUGUUAUCGUGCCUAGAACUAGUAUAGGGCAAGAUAUGGCGGCUGAGUCCAAAAAAGAGGCUGGCUUGGCUGGAAGAACAAUGCCCUUGGCUUUGCAGUCGAAGGCAACAGACUUCCGAAGGUUCCCUACUGUUAGAGAAGAAGUGGAUAAGCCGACUAUUUCUCUACAAACUGAAUCCACUGCUCCAAAGGGUGCUGAAUUCAGUGUUCCCGAGAGGAGUUUUUUCCCCAGAGUUGCAAGCUCAAUCCAAGGAAUAUCCUCGGAAAAGAAUACAAAGGAAGACAGAGGUAUUGGAUCUGGAAGGCUUGAAAUGAAUUCAAUGACAGAGUCAACUGCCAGCUGUCAACCUGACAGUUAUGAAACUCGGGGGCACAAGAUGAAUAGAGAUGCAUGCACUAUUGGAGGUCUAAGAGCAGGAAGGGCGCGGUCAAUUGCUGUCAAUUGGGAGAGAAGGGAGAGAUAUUCAAAUUUUGAGGGACCUACUUCUAGUGUUUACUCUGGAGCAGUAUCUGCAGCAAACAUGCUCCCUUUGAACAUGUCUAAGCAGAGAGGAUAUCCUCCACCUGUUGAAAAAGAGUCAGUGUCUGCUAGUGAUGAGGAUGCGAUUGCAGAUGUCAUGGAACAACAUAACCAAUUCUUGAGUUCUAUGCAGUCUCGCUCAGCGAAGUUACAGGGAGUCUAUAGAUAUUGGGAAAGGAAUGAUGUUAAGGGGGUCAUUAGUGCAAUGGAGAAGAUGGCCGAUCAUGCUGUCGCUGCUGAUGUAGUUAGCAUUAUGACGGAGAAAAUUGACAUUGUCACUCUGGAUAUAUGCACUUGUCUUCUGCCUCUUCUUUCUGGCCUUUUGGAAAGUGACAUGGAUAGGCAUAUAGGGAUCUCCUUGGAAAUGCUGCUCAAGCUUGUCAGAAUAUUUGGUUCAAUGAUCUAUUCUGCAGUAUCCGCAUCUUCAUCUGUUGGUGUGGAUAUUGAGGCAGAGCAAAGAUUGGAGCGCUGCAACAUCUGCUUUGUGGAACUUGAAAAAGUCAAACGCUGCUUUCCCGUCCUUACCAGAAGAGGGGGAUCACUAGCAAAGUCUGCGCAAGAGUUAAAUUUAGCUCUUCAAGAGGUUUCAUGACAAAAAAAUACUGGAAAACUGAAGUUCAAGUUUUUCUGGCCUAGAAGAAGUUUUGUUGCUUUGGCGGAGUUUAUGCAUUUUAAGUUAUAAACGCCCACUUUAUGCAGCACCCCCCGAUGGUUCAGACUCUUCUCGGCUGCGUCUGGUCCUGACUCGGUCUCCGCUCUGUCUGUACAUUUGUGCCAAGUGGAGGCAUUAACUACAAGCUAAUUCUACUAAAUUUACUGAAACUGAGACUUGAUGGACCUAUGGCUCUCUACCUGCUGUUUGAUCGGUUUUGGCUUGGAGGAGGCAAGUCUACCACUCCAUUUCACUCUAACCCAAUAUCAGUCAGUAUGUGACAACUUCGAUCAUAUUGUAACCUUUGGCUACAUUCAUGUUGAUUCAAUUAUUCUUGAAAUAUCUUAUAUUCCUUCUGUAAUAGUUUGGCGUUGAUUAAUAGGUGUCUUUCAACUCCUUCCUGUGAGUAAUGGCUAUUCUAAUAUGAAAAUCCUUCUGAGGCACCAUCCUUUUUAUUCUUCUUCUUCCUCUUUUUAGAAAUUUUUUUUUAAGAUGCAAAAUUGCUUCACUGCAAGUAGGCUUUUCAAGGACCUUUGUCAUCUGCUACGGAUUUCUUCGAUUUUUGAGGCCUUAUCAAAAAGUGUUAUAUAAGCUUGUUCUUAGCAUGCUGAGGUGCUUCAUGUUUUCUUAUCAGAUUGUAU